UUUUCCUUAACACAAAUAAAGCAGUCACAAAACUAUCAAACGAAAAUCCCAACCGACUUUCAUAUUUUCCAUACAAUAAUUAAUACUAACAACAAGAUGGAUUGCGACCAAUCGAGUUCGGAGGAGCAGCGCGAACGCGUUGACAACGCAAUCCUGACCGCCAUGGAGGAUCUGGAUCGGGACUAUCUGCGCAAGCUGCAGAUCGAGAUGCACACCUGUGCGACCGCCUGUUGUGCGGAUGCGGAUGCGAAUGCGGAGGCGGUGGAGCGGUGCGUGGACCGGUGCCAGAUCCGUUUGACAAGAGCCCGCUGCUUCGUGCAGCAGGGGAUAUCAGACUUUGAGAAUCGUUUGGAGAAGUGCAUCCAGCAGUGCCGAAUCCAUGGAUCUGCAUAUAGCUUGGAACGUUGCUCCAGCAACUGCGUGGAUAGCCAUGUGGGAAUGCUGCCCGAAAUGCUCAGGGCUAUGCGAGAUACCCUGGAAAAGGGUGUUUAAUAGAGCACUUUUUUUUCCAUUUUUUUCAAAUUAAAUUCGUUGGCUUAAAACCAAUUUUUUGUGGUACACCUUAAUAAAA